GACUAAAACUCCUCCAUGUUCAUAUACGCUUCCUUCUUAAGGCUGCUGAGGCAGAGCAGCAUCAUCUCCCCCAUCGAUCUCUCCUCCGUCCUCAUCCAAUCGGCGGCCGACACCAUGACCAGGCGCCUCCGCUCGUGGAUCCACUCCUUAACGGCGAGCUGCUGGGGCGGCGCCGGCGGCGGCAGCGUCGCGGCGGCUUCGGCCGGAAGCGACGGCGACAAGGCCGGUAAGUCCUCCAGCUCGCCUCCGAGCAGGGUCUCUUACAACGACAUCAGUACCCUGUCGGCGGAGGAGCUGUCGCUGAGCCUGCCGGGCUCCAACCUCCACGUGUUCACCCUGGCGGAGCUCCGGGCCGUCACCAGGAACUUCUCCAUGACCAACUUCAUCGGCUCCGGCGGAUUCGGCCCAGUAUACAAGGGCUUCGUCGACGACAAGCUCCGCCCCGGCCUGCCGGCGCAGUUCGUCGCCGUCAAGUCCCUCGAUCUGGAAGGCGGCCAGGGGCACCGUGAAUGGCUGGCAGAAGUGAUUUUUCUUGGGCAAUUGAGGCAUUCUCACUUGGUGAAAUUGAUUGGAUAUUGCUGUGAAGAUGAACACAGAAUGCUAGUUUAUGAGUACAUGGCCAGAGGAAGCCUUGAGAACCAUCUUUUCAAGAGGUCGCUGGCCUCGUUACCGUGGUCAACGCGGAUAAAAAUUGCUGUGGGCGCCGCCAAGGGACUCGCCUUUCUUCAUCAAUCCCGCCAACCCGUCAUUUACCGAGAUUUCAAAGCCUCCAACAUUUUGCUCGACUCGGAUUACACGGCGAAGCUUUCCGACUUCGGAUUGGCAAAGGACGGUCCCGAGGGCGAAGACACCCAUGUCUCCACCCGCGUCAUGGGAACCCAUGGCUACGCCGCCCCCGAGUACGUCAUGACCGGCCAUUUGACAAAGAAGAGCGACGUGUACAGCUUCGGCGUGGUGCUACUGGAGCUGUUGAGCGGGCGGCGGUCGGUGGAUAAGACCCGGCCGCCGCGGGAGAAGAACUUGGUCGAGUGGGCGCGGCCGUACCUCAAUCACCCUACCAAGUUCGUUCGUGUGAUCGACACCCACCUUGAAGGCCUCUACUCGGCCACCGCCACCCAAAAUGUUGCAGCCAUCGCCUACAAGUGCCUGAGCCUCAAGCCCAAGUUGCGCCCCGAUAUGCACGCCGUCGUUGACGCCCUCGAGCCACUCCUAAAUCUCCAUGAGGAUGCCCUCGCCGGCCCCUUCGUGUACACAGCCCCGAGUAGUGGCGGCUCCAACAAAGAGACUGCGGAGAAAAGCAACCGCCGAACACGAACACGGCCGGAGACACAGAAGGUGGUUUCCUAGGCCACACUUCACCGGCAUUGCCAAGAACAAGAUUCAAACUGUAAUGAACAUUUUACCUUUUCGAUUGGUGUAUGUUUGUUCCAAGUGUUCAUUGAAUGAAUUCUUUGCCUUUGAGUUGA